CAGACAGGAGGGCUCUGAAAGGAAGGUAAGAGUAUAGGGGUGCAGGUUUCUCUGCUCUUACCCAACCUGUUGAUGCAAGGAGAAAAGCAAUCUUCUCUCCCCGGGUGGCUCCAGCGACCUCAGCGACUCCAUCGCGCCCCACUCGUCCUCAUCUUGCCCUCUCUUCCUGUUUCCUGGGGGCUGGCAGAGAUAUGGCAUCAGCAGAGGAGGCGCAUUAAAGCUGCCCCGUUUAGCGCAAGGCUUCCAACCAAACUCAAAAAUCGAGACUUUCACGGUGGGAUUUGGAAGCAUUUACUCUCACGUCCCAAAGCGUAAAGGGAGAAAAGAUCUUCUUUAUCCAAGGACAUUUAAAAGGAAGGACUGGAUCCCCAAGUGGAUUACUAACUAAACAUGAAAAUGGCCUUUUUAUCCGAGAUGCACAAAUCCCUGUUCCCCCUGGUUCUCCUCUUCUACGUCCCUCUCACUUGUCUAUGCCAGACAACCAACGACAAUUCAACCAACACCACAACCACCUCGCCCCGGAAGGGCGUGCCAGGCUGUGGCAGAGAACUGAACCACAUCUACAGGUACCUGUGUGACCGCCGGGCAGCGUGGGGUAUCGUGCUGGAGACCCUGGCCUCUUCAGGCUUCCUGUUCAGCAUGUUCCUCCUCUUUGGCCUGCUGCUCUGGUCCCUGUGGAUCUGCUUUUCAUCAAGGAACCAGCGCAGCAGCAUCGGCGGCACGGUGGCCUGCAUGUCCAUGUACUUGUUGGCCACAGCGGGUAUCUUUGCCAUCACCUUCUCCUUCAUCAUCAGCCUCACCCCUCAGACCUGCCCCACCAGGCUCUUCCUCUUCAGCGUGCUCUUCGCCCUGGCCUUCUCCUGCCUGCUGGCUCGCUGCCUUUCUCUGCUGGGCUUCGCGGCGGCCCGCGGCUGGGGGGAGCCCGCCCUGGCCUUGGGGCUCUUCACCGUGCAGGUCAUCAUCUCUACCCAGUGGAUGAUCGUAGUGCUGGUCCGGGACAAGAAGCCCUGCGAGUACAGCCAUGACGAAUUCGUCAUGCUGCAGAUCUAUGUGCUGUGCCUGCUGGCGAUCAGCUUGAUCCUCUCCCUGCACUACCUGUACCGCUCCUGCUUCACGUACAGCUACAGCUACACGGGGACCGCCCACCAGCAGGGCCGAGCACGGGCCACGCUGCUCUUCCUAACGCUGCUGCUCUCCGCCUGCAUCUGGGUGGUGUGGAUCACGAUGCUCGUCAGGGGAAACCCUGACGUGGACCGCCGGCCGCGGUGGGAUGACCCGGUGCUCUCCAUCGCCCUGGUGGUGAACGGCUGGGUGUUACUGAUGGGCCACGGGCUGUCCCAGAUCGCCAUCUUCUGCAGGGGGGAGGCCAAGUCCAAGGAUAUCCCGCUGAGCUUUGCAGGCUGGACCAGCCCCAGUGCCAACAUCCCGGGACUGGCCAGCCCGAAGGAAGGGCAAGAAAACGGAAGCUUUGAGAGUGAAAGUGAGAAGAGUAGAGGCAGGAGGACUCAGCAAUCUCUGCGAUCACCCUACGAGUCUGAAUUCUCCGUGACAGAAAUCGACCCCGACAGAGAUUACACCAUUCCUCGCCCGCAGACCACCAACUACCUGGAACCUUAUGAUGAAUAUUGAUUAAAAUCAUUUUUUCUGCUUCUUACACACACUGAUAGAUAACACAAAACUGUUGGUAACUCAUGCACUAAUUUGUACUUGGCACAUGUUUUGUCUACCUUUUUUAUGUGCAAAUGUAAAUACUUUCUGUUUAGUGUUAUAAGAGUUAUUUCAAAUGUGCCAGGAUGUUAAAUAUUCUGUCCCAAAAAUAAAAUAAAAAAAAGAGACUCA